AUGGCUUUCAAGGACUUCAAGCAUUACUUCAGUCGAUUAGAAAUGUGUCAUUUGAGUCCAGACUUCGACCAAAUGGAGAACACUGCGAAGGGCGCUCCACCGAAGCGAAAGUGGGAAAUGACGAGGCACGAGGGCGAGUGGCUGAGAAAUUCCACCGCUGGCGGAUGUCUGAAUAAUAGAAACACCUUCUAUAUGAAUCCUCAGAUCCGCGUAUCUGUGGUGGAUGCUGACGAAGCAGAUAACGACCCAACAGGUACCAUCGUCGUCGGUUUGAUGCAGAAAGGGAUGCGCGAAAAACGCCAAUCUCCGUUCUCUAUCGGUUACGCAAUUUAUCCCUUUCCACCUGGUGCACCAGCGAACGCCUUGUUGACACGCGAAUUCUUUCUUCGUACACCAAUGUCCGCACGCUCGAUAUUUGCCAACACACGAGAGGUCUGUGGACGUCAUAAACUCAUGCCUGGCGACUAUGUUAUCGUGCCUUCCACUUUUAUGCCAAACGAGGAGGCGAAGUUUUUGCUUCGUAUAUUCUCUGAGCGACCCUACACAGCUGGGUACGUAGACUGCAAGCGUUUGACUGCUUUCCUGCAUUUUCUCAAAAUAAAAUCCGAUAUUAACAAUGUCUGA